AUGUUCGGACGCGAGGAGAAGAAAUGUAUCCGGAAUUCUUGGAAGUGCGACGGAGAGAACGAUUGUCUCGAUGGCGUCGACGAAGUUGGUUGUUCUGACCAAGUUCAAUGUAACUCAACACAAUUCAGAUGUGAUAACAGUUGUCUUCCACUUCCUUUGAAAUGUGACGGUGUUCAAGACUGUGCGGACUUUACUGACGAAGAUGACUGCACCAUAACCAUUCAGUGCAAAUCGACAGAAUUUCUAUGCGGGCAGGAGAAAAAAUGUAUCCCAAUCUCGUGGAAGUGUGAUCGAGAGGACGACUGUAUCGAUGGUUUAGACGAAGUAGGAUGCGCUCUUGAAAUUCAGCGUGACUCAACAGAAUUCAGAUGUGAUAACCGCAGUUGUCUUCCACUUCGUUGGAGAUGUGACGGUGAUGAAGACUGUGCGGACGGUACUGACGAAGAUGACUGCACCACGACCGUUCACGAGUGCGAAUCGACAGAAUUUCUUUGCAGACAGGAGAAAAAAUGUAUCCCGAACCCUUGGAAGUGUGAUGGUGAGGAAGAUUGCACCGAUGAGGCAGACGAGCUCACAUGUGAUUGA